AGUUUUUUUUUAGUUAACUUGCAGGUUAAAAGUUGGAGCUCAAAAGCCUCCUUCCCUCUCUCUGGUUUCUCUUUUUUCUUUUGUUUCGCUCAGUUUCAUACAAUGACGGCCGCCGCCGCCGUGGAAGAUACUGAGGUUGUGUUCGAAGAAGCAGUGUCGUGGCUGCCUUCUCAUGUUCUCAAUGAAGCCAUAUUGGAAACCAAUAAUCAAAAGGAUGUUAUGAAGUACCAUCAGUAUCAUCGUCAUCGUUCAAAGCUACCUACUAAGCCCUUCCCACCGUCAAAGAGUAGAUGGAGAGGGCAUGAUCAGAAACCAAGAUGUUGGGCAACAAGAGGUGGUGGAAUGCAGGCAUUUUUCCUAGAUACUGGUAAAAGGUCAAGUGGCACCGGCGUUUUCCUUCCCCUAACUCAAAGCCCUGGCCCCAACAAUAAUUAUUUUCACUCAACUACACGACCAGCUUGCUCUCCCGUUCUCCUCCCUUCUCGAGUUGUUCAAGCUCUCAACCUCAAUGUUCAUGAAAUUGGCUUGCAUAUCUCCCCUCGUCGAGCUGUCAAGAAUAAUAGUAAUACUACAGGAAGAGGGGGAGAGUUAAAGUUGUUGAAUAAUAAAAAUGGGAAAAAUGGUAAUGGAGAUCCUUCAGGGACCAACAUCUUUCUUCCUGAUGAAUGGAUUUACUGAGUUCAUCUCCAAGACGAAGGAUCGAUCCUUAAAUUUGUAGAGUUUAGAUUGUGAACAUGAUUUUAAAAGGAUUUUAUCUUCUUCUUCUUCUUCUUUUUUUUUUUUUUUGUUAAAAAGAAAGUGAAAUAAUUCAUGGCAUUGAGCCUUGAAACUUAGUUGUAUUUUUAUGGUCACUAAAAAAAAUGUAUUCAUUGCAUAAUCCUAUGUAUUAUGACUGGAAAAUUAGAAUA